CUCUAUAUAAAGCUUAUUUCUCCCCCACACAAAUCCUCACCGGUUCCUUCUGGUUGCUCAAAUCCUCGUUUUCGUUGUUUUCUGAGUUUUUGUUUACGUCUUUUGCACUGGCUAACUCUCAGGAAGUAGCUCUGGCAGAUUCCAACCAACAGGUGGUUCUUGCGCUCUAUGAUGCGUUAAGCGCACGUGACGUACAAACGGUUCACCAGAUUCUAGCUCGUGACCUCGAGUGGUGGUUUCAUGGCCCCCCGACUCACCAGUUUAUGAUGCACCUUCUGACUGGCGCUUCAUCACCGUCUGAUUCUUCCUUCGAAUUCAAACCUCUUUCCAUCACCUCCUUCGGGAACGUUGUUAUUGCCGAGGGCUGUGAUCACAGCCUUGAAAUCUCCUGGGUUCACGCCUGGACCGUAACUGAUGGGAUAAUCACUCAAGUGAGAGAGUAUUUCAACACUUCUCUUACUGUUACUCGCCUCGGAAAUUCACCGACAAAGUCGACGGUGGAGAUUAAUCCCGUGCAUUGCCCGUCCGUUUGGGAGAGUAGCUUCUCCAACCAGGCCGGAAAAUCCUUUCCGGGUCUAGUCCUUGCAAUAUAAAUUAAGUAACUAAGGCCUUAAAAACCACUCUUUUGUGAUCCAAGAUAACACUGUAGAAUAAAUAAAGAGUGCACGUGUCGAUUCCCGAUUGGACAAAGAGAGAUGUGAGCGACUAAGGCCCUGUGUUCGACAGAGUGGUUUGCUUACUUUGCUUUGCUUUGCUUUUUCUGUUUUCCGUAUUCCGGUGUGUUUUGUUUUGUGGGUGGAACCAUAAUGGGUGGAGCUAAACCCAUUUGGCUAGAUCCGAAUCCAUAUGUUAAUUGGUGCUUUGAUUGUGCAAAUAAAGAUGGAUUUCUUUUUAAA